CAACCCUGCAUUUUAAGCAGAGUGACUCUGUUCCAACAAUGCCAUCAUUGUUUUCCUCUUCUCUCCUUCAAAUGCCUCCUCUUCUAUUCUCUCUUAUACUCUCACUCAUGCUUUGUGGAAUCAUUGCUGAUGAGUCUCCACCUUCACCUGGCUACUACCCUAGUUCCCAAGUUAGUUCUGUUGCCUUUGAUCAAGCUUAUAGAAACCUUUGGGGACCUCAGCACCAAAGACUAGACCAAUCUGGCUCACUAACUAUUUGGCUUGACUCUUACUCUGGAAGUGGAUUCAAGUCAAUCCGGCCGUAUCGAUCCGGAUACUUUGGUGCUGCCAUUAAGCUUCAAUCUGGUUACACUGCAGGAGUGAUUACAUGUCUCUAUCUUUCAAACAACCAAGACUACCCAGGAGACCAUGAUGAAGUGGACAUUGAGUUCCUUGGUACCAUCCCAGAUAAGCAAUAUGUGCUGCAGACAAAUGUGUUCAUGCGAGGAAGCGGAGACAAGAAUAAUGUGAUAGGAAGAGAGAUGAGGUUUCACCUUUGGUUCGAUCCAACACAAGAUUUUCACCACUAUGCUAUUCUAUGGACACCCACUGACAUCAUAUUUUUGGUGGACGAUGUUCCAAUAAGGAAUUACCCAAGAAAGAAUGAUGCAACAUUCCCUGAAAGAGCAAUGUACGUGUACGGAUCGAUAUGGGACGCAUCAUCAUGGGCCACAGAGAAUGGGAAAUACAAAGCUGAUUACAAAUACCAACCAUUCAUUGGAAGAUACAAAGAUUUCAAGCUCCAAGGUUGCACCACUCAAUCCUCCUCCUCAUGCCAGCCACCCUCACCUUCACCACCUGGCUACAAUUCACUAAGCCCUCAACAGUAUAAUGCAAUGCAAUGGGUCCAAAACAAUUACUUGGUCUAUGACUAUUGCCGUGAUCCCACUAGAGACCAUACCCUUACUCCAGAAUGCUAAUUAAUUAUUUAUACUCUUCAAGGGGAUGGUAAUUGAGAUGACCCCACCUGCUUGAUUAAAGUGUAAUUGCAAGGGCAGUUGAGCGUCCAAGCCACCCCCCAACAUUCAAGAUUGUGAUGUAUUUGUUGUUUCUGCCAAUUGUGUGUUUCAUUUCCACUAUUACUUAUUGAAUUAAAUAAUUCAAUUUGGAUGCAUGUACCAAAAUAUAUAUAUACAUCAAUUUGUAUGCUUUUUCUAAUAAUAUUUUCUUUCUAUAUAA